AUGAAAAGUAUAGUGUUAGUUUUUAACAUAUUAAAACAUUUAGAAAUUGAUGAUAUUUAUUGUUGUGAAAUUGUUUGCAAAGAUUGGAGAAAAGUGGCAAACCAAAAUAAACUAUGGGAGAUAUUAUUUUUGAAAAAAUUAUUCAACAUUACCAAUUUCUUAAAUGAAGAAAUUGAUAUCUAUAACAAACAUGGAAGAUUAAAAGAAUUGAUUGAGAAAUUUAAUAUUAAAUAUCUUUAUAAACAAUGUUUUCCAAAUCAUUUUAAUAGGUUUAAAAAUUUAAACAUUUUAAAAAAUAAUAAAAUUAUAAACUAUGAUCAUGCUAAUGGUCACUGUAGUAGUAGUAGUAGUGGUAAUGGUGGUCAUAAUAAUAUUAUUAAUACUUUAUCAGAUUUUAAAAUAAAUAAAUCAAAUAUACAUAAUAAUACAAACAAUAAUAAUAAACAAAAAGAGAAUGAAGUUGAUAAUGACAUUUCUGAUAUUAUAUGUAAUGAAUAUAUUUACUUUUAUAAUAUUUCGAAAUCAGUUAUAGAUUCAUAUCAAUUUAACUACUCUUAUGAAUUUAAUAAUAAUGAUUAUAAAAAUUGUAGAUUAUUUAUUAUUAAAAAAGAUACAUAUCAAAUAUCACCUCCUGGUAAAAAUUCAAUUAAUACUAAAGUUGAUUUAAUUUUUUUAUUAUUUAUACCAAAUGAAAUCAAAGAAUAUUCGAAAAUUAUUAAAGUUAAUUAUAAUUAUAAUUAUUGUAUUGAAAACCCUGAUCAAAGUAAUUAUCAAAGGGUAUAUCCUUUUAAUUUUAAUCUUCAAACUAUAGAAUUAAAUAAUUAUAAUGAUGAUGAUGAUGAUGAUGAUGACCAUCAUCAAAAUGGAAUUACUAUAAAGGAUAUCGAAUUUAAUGAAAAUUCUAAAAAUUAUCAAUAUAAAUCAAUGCAAGAAAUUGGAUUUAAAGGAUUAAAUACAAGUGAAAUUUCAGAAGAGUUAAUGAUUAAAAUUGAAUCAUUUGCAAAUAAAUUUUCAUUUUAUUCAAAUAAUGAAUCUGAAAAGUUAAAUACUUUAUAUUAUUAUUUAACACCAAUAUUAUUAAAUAUUGAAACAAAAAAACCAUUUUAUAAACAACAACAACACCACCAACAAAAACAACAACAACAACAACAACUAGAAAUAUUAAAACUAAAAAAUCAAAAAAUAUCACUUUUAAAUGUAAAAUGGAAAUUAACAUUUUUUUUAAAUAUUCUAAAGAAUAAACCAGUUGAAUUUUUAUUUUAUGCAAUUAAUGAUGACUAUCCAAUACAUUAUCAUCAAUAUGAUAAUCCUAAUGAAGAAUGGUAUGAAAAUGAUAAACCACAAUUAUUAGAAUUAAUUAAAAUAUCAACUAUUAAGCAAUACUAUCAUAGAUUUAGUUUUAAAGGGAGUGGUAAAAAAAUAAUAGAAUUUAAAUUCUCAAUUUCAAUACCAACCACUAAUAAUACAACAUUAACUUUAUAUAUUGAAUAUUUGAGUGAUUUAUUUUUAUUUUCAAUAAAGUAUAAAGAAUCUCAAAACAACAACAACGAUGAUGAUAAUAAUUAUGGUAUUGAUGAUGAUAAUGACGAUGAUAAUGAUGAAGAUAAAGGAAUAAAAAUAUUAUAUAAAAAUAAAUUUGGAAGACAAGAAUACGAUUUAAAUCUUUUAAAAGAAAAUAAAGAUAAUUUUUCAAAUUUAUCAAGUCUUAUGAAAUUGGUUUCAUUUUUAUUCGAGGGUAAAUUCCCAAAUUUUAAAUUUAAACUAGUCUCACUACUAAUAAUAAUAAAUCUUGAUCAAUUUAUGUCUUUUGAUUUCGAUAGUUCUAAAAUUUUAGUUAAACCAAUAAGCUCAAAUGAAGAUAAAGAAUCAAUGUACGCCUUUGAUUUAGAUUUUGGUGUUAAUUAUGAAUAA